AUGAUGAUUCUGAAAUUGGUAAGCCAUUUCAUCAUUUUGGUAAUAUGGUUUAUACAUGUACAGGUAUCUGCACAAGAUUACCCACAUGCACCUGUAGCAAAGCCUGGCUGUGAUUCGCAGUGUGGAGAUCUUCAAAUUCCUUUUCCGUUUGGAAUGAAUGCUUCAGAAUGCUACUUAGGGAAAUGGUUUGAAAUAGAAUGCAGAAACACUUCCACAUAUCAAACACCUUACCUCAAGUCAAUAGAACUGCAAGUCGUAUCCAUUGAUGUCCAAGAAGGCACGGUUACUAUCAACAAUCCCAUUUACCGUAACAACUGCGGAACCAAAGACCCUACGCCGGUGAACCGGUCGCUGGAAGGAAGCCCUUUCGUGUAUUCGCAGGAACACAACAAAUUUGUGGCCGCAGGUUGCGAUAUCAUUGCAUUGUUGCAGAUAAAUGGGUCAGAAGGUAGCGGUUGUGUGUCCAUCUGCGACGAGGACUUGAAGGUGGAUGAUAUUGGGAAAAUGGAGCUUAAAAACAGUAAUUGUAAUGGGAAGUCCUGCUGUCAGAAUUCCCUGCCAGCGUAUCUUAAGGAAUACAGCACUGAAGUAAAAGGUUUGAAGGAGAAUGAAAGGGAUGGUGAGUGUAGUUACGCCAUGGUUGUACAGGAAGAAGAACUGAACCCAUACGAAUGGGACUACGUUCCACAGUAUUCUUCUUAUACUCCGAAAGGCUACUACUUUCCUGUGAAUGGUGAGAUGAAGGAUUUGGAUGUGGUCCCUGUGGUGCUUGAAUGGGAGAUUCUCAACAGCUUAAACCUUAAACUUCCUCCAGAUGAUCUUUCCCACUGUUUUGACACUAAUAUUACUUCUUCACUCCAUAAACGUUCAGGUCAGAGAUGUUCCUGCCCAGACGGUUCCGGUAAUCCCUACGUUGACGGAGGUUGUUUAGGUAAAUAUAAAAAGGAAAAUAUUGAUAUGGUAAAAUAUGUAGGAGUUUCUACAAGCUUUGGAUCUAUUAUUUUACUUCUUAUUUUAUGGCGGGUGUUCAAGGUUACAAAAAAAAUCAUAGUGAAGAAAUUCAGAGAAAAAUUCUUCAAAAGAAAUGGAGGAUUAUUGUUACAACAAAAAUUGUCUUCUGGUGAAGCUAAUGUGGAUAAAGUUAAAAUCUUCAGCUUAAAAGAAUUGGAGAAGGCCACUGAUAACUUUAAUUCAAACAGAGUACUUGGAAAAGGAGGUCAAGCUACAGUUUACAAAGGCAUGUUGAUAGAUGGAACAAUCAUUGCAGUGAAAAAAUUUAAGGUCCAAGGAAAGAUUGAAGAAUUUAUCAAUGAAUUUGUCAUUCUUUCACAAAUUAACCAUAGGAACGUGGUUAAGUUAUUAGGAAGUUGUUUAGAGACUAAAAUUCCUUUGCUUGUCUAUGAAUUUAUUCCUAAUGGUAAUCUUUUCGACUACUUGCAUCAACAAAAUAAGGAUAUGCCAUUAACAUGGGAGAUGCGUUUGAGAAUUGCCAUUGAAGUUGCAGGAGCUUUAUUUUACUUGCACUCUGCUGCUUCUCAACCUAUUUAUCAUAAAGACAUCAAGUCAACAAAUAUACUAUUGGAUGAAAAGUAUAGGGCGAAAGUAGCAGACUUUGGUACAUCAAGAAUGAUUUCCAUUGAUGUUACUCACCUUACUACAGUAGUUCAAGGAACAUUUGGAUACUUGGACCCUGAAUUUUUUCAAACUAGUCAAUUUACAGAAAAAAGUGAUGUCUACAGUUUUGGAGUAGUUCUUGUUGAACUUUUAACAGGACAAAAGCCAGUAACCCUCCUAAGUCAAGAGGAAGCCAAAAGUUUAGCUUCAUACUUCAUCAUGUGUGUGGAGAAAAAUUGUGUGUUUGAUAUUAUUGAUGAAAGAGUGAUGAAGGAAGGGGAGAAUAAUCAUAUAAUGAAAGUUGUCAAUCUUGCAAGUCGAUGUUUAGAGUUGAAUGGAAAGAGACGACCAACUAUGAGGGAAAUCACGUUGGAAUUAGAAGCUAUUCGAAAAUUGGAAAAUGAGUCUAAUGCACGAGAAGGGCAUGAUGAAUUUUUUAGAAGUAAAGACUAUCAAUCUUGGGAUGAUAAUUCUAUUAUCUCAGAAAUAAUGUCAACUUUUGAUCUAAGUAGCAGAAUGACAAUCUUGAAAGAUGUUCAUACUGUUACCAUGUGA